AUGUCCAUGGUCUGCUGCGGAGUCACCGGUCCCGAUCCCGAAAAAGCCUCUUUUGUUGCUCUUUACUGCGAGGACGGGCGUCGGAUCCGCUCUCCCCAGGGGGAAUUUGCGGUCCACGCCUGGGAAAUCUCCGACCAGUUGCUGCAGAUCCGUCAGGAUGUGGAGUCCUGCUACUUCGCGGCGCAGACCAUGAAGAUGAAGAUACAGACUUCCUUCUACGAACUCCCCACGGACUCCCACGCUUCGUUACGGGACUCUUUGCUCUCCCACAUCCAGAACUUGAAAGACCUCUCGCCGGUCAUCGUCACCCAGCCGGCUUUAGCAAUAGCAGACCUCGCCCUGCAGAUGGCUUCUUGGAAAGGCUGCGUACAAACACUGGUUGAAAAGUACAGCAACGACGUUACGUCGCUGCCCUUCCUGCUGGAAAUCCUCACGGUGCUGCCCGAGGAGGUGCACAGCCGAUCCUUGCGCAUCGGAGCCAACCGCCGGACCGAAAUCAUAGAAGAUCUGGCGUACUAUUCCAGCACCGUCAUCUCUCUGCUGAUGACGUGCGUGGAGAAAGCAGGCAACGAUGAGAAGAUGCUCAUCAAAAUCUUCCGGUGCUUGGGGAGCUGGUUCAACCUGGGCGUCCUGGACAGCACCUUCAUGGCCAACAGCAAGUUACUGUCACUCCUCUUCGAGGUGCUGCAACAAGACAAGACGUCUUCAAACCUCCACGAAGCCGCUUCAGACUGCGUGUGCUCAGCCCUCUACGCCAUCGAGAACGUGGAGACCAACCUUCCUUUGGCCUUGCAGCUCUUCCAAGGCGUCCUCACCCUGGAGAGUGCCUACCACAUGGCUGUAGCGCGCGAGGACCUAGACAAGGUGCUCAAUUAUUGCCGUGUUUUCACCGAGCUGUGCGAGACGUUCCUAGAUAAAAUCGUUUGUACGCCGGGCCAAGGGCUGGGCGACCUGCGGACGCUGGAGCUGCUGCUGAUAUGUGCGGGUCACCCGCAGUACGAGGUGGUAGAAAUUUCAUUUAACUUCUGGUACAGACUGGGGGAGCACCUCUACAAGACAGACGAUGCCGUCAUCCACAGCAUCUUCAAAGCCUACAUCCAGCGCCUUCUCCACGCUCUGGCCAGACACUGCCAGCUUGACUCGGACCACGAGGGCGUCCCAGAAGAGACGGACGACUUUGGGGAGUUCCGCAUGCGGGUCUCGGACCUGGUGAAAGACCUCAUCUUCCUGGUGGGAUCGGUGGAGUGUUUCGCUCAGCUUUACGCGACUCUGAAGGACGGGAAUCCACCCUGGGAGGUGACGGAAGCUGUUCUCUUCAUCAUGGCCUCCAUAGCGAAGAGCGUUGACCAGGAGAACAACCCGACCCUGGUGGAGGUGUUGGAGGGGGUGGUUCGCCUCCCCGAGACGGUGCACACCGCCGUCCGCUACACCAGCAUUGAGCUGGUGGGAGAGAUGAGCGAAGUGGUGGACAGAAACCCCCAAUUCCUGGAUCCCGUGCUGGGUUAUUUGAUGAAAGGUCUGUGCGACAGGCGGUUGGCGUCGGCGGCGGCCAAAGCCAUCCACAAUAUCUGCUCGGUAUGCCGGGACCACAUGGCUCAGCACUUUAACGGGCUGCUGGAGAUAGCCCGCUCCCUCGACUCCUUCACGCUCUCUCCGGAGGCUGCUGUGGGGCUCCUGAAAGGGACGGCCCUGGUCCUGGCCAGGCUCCCCUUGGAGAAGAUCGCAGAAUGCCUCAGCGAACUCUGCGCCGUACAAGUGAUGGCGCUGAAGAAGCUGCUCUCUCAGGAGCCGAGCAACGGCCUCUCCUCAGACCCCACCGUGCCCCUGGAUCGACUCGCCGUCAUAUUUAGACACACCAACCCCAUCGUAGAAAACGGACAGAUCCAUCCGUGCCAAAAAGUCAUUCAGGAAAUCUGGCCCGUCUUGUCGGAGACCCUGAACAAACACAGUGCCGAUAACCGCAUCGUGGAGCGGUGCUGCCGCUGCCUACGCUUUGNNNGGCGGUGCCGGAGGUGCCAGGCGGUGCGUGUCUCCCCACCGCAGAUGGUGAACGUGUACCGGGCGCACCAGCACUCCUGUUUCCUCUACCUGGGCAGCAUCUUGGUGGACGAGUACGGCAUGGAGGAGGGCUGCCGGCAGGGACUGCUCGAUAUGCUGCAGGCGCUAUGCAUACCCACCUUCCAACUCCUGGAGCAGCCCAAUGGCCUUCAGAACCACCCGGACACCGUGGAUGACCUCUUCCGACUAGCUGCCAGGUUUAUCCAGCGCAGCCCCGUCACCUUGCUACGUAGCCAGGUGAUGAUCCCCAUCCUGCAGUGGGCCAUCGCCGCCACCACCCUGGAUCACCGGGACGCCAACUGCAGCGUCAUGAAGUUCCUGCGCGAUCUCAUCCACACCGGGGUGGCCAACGACCACGAGGAGGACUUCGAGGUGCGGAAGGAACUGAUCAGCCAAGUGAUGAACCAACUGGGCCAGCAGCUCGUCAACCAGCUCCUUCACACGUGCUGCUUCUGCCUGCCGCCGUACACCCUGCCCGACGUCGCCGAGGUGCUCUGGGAGAUCAUGCAGAUCGACCGGCCGACGUUUUGUCGCUGGCUGGAGAACUCGCUGAAGGGUUUACCAAAGGAAACGACGGGAGGAGCCAUCCAAGUCACCCACAAACAGCUGACGGACUUCCACAAGCAGGUCACGAGCGCUGAAGAAUGUAAACAAGUCUGUUGGGCCCUGAGGGACUUCACCCGCUUGUUCCGAUAG